AUGCCUCCAAAAGGAGCCAAACCUACGAACGAUGAGCUGCUAGCUCAAUUUGACGAUCUCGGUAUCGACACGACGGGCAAGUCCUCAGAACCGACUCCCGCGCCUCCGACCACAACCACCUCCAAGCCAGCUCCUACAGAACCUCCAACAGCUACCGAAAAAGAUCCUCUAGCUGAAUUAGAGAAUCUCGCGUCCCAGAGACCCAGCACACCGCGCCUGUCAGCAGAAGCGCGUCGCUCAAAGCCCUCUUCCGGUCGGACAAGUGAAGAGAAGCCCGCUAUACAACCCCGCGCCGCGGUCGUCGAGGAUGAACAGCCGUUAGAUAAACCAACACCGGCACCUACUGCUUUACAGGAAGAAGCCAAAAGCUCUGGUGGAGGAUGGUGGGGAGGAUUCCUGUCGACGGCGACGGCGACAGCCACUGCCGCGAUGAAGCAGGCUGAAGCGGCUGUGAAGGAGAUUCAGAAGAAUGAAGAAGCACAGAAGUGGGCAGAGCAAGUGAGAGGGAACGUGGGUGCUCUCAGAGGUCUUGGAGGAGAACUGCGAACUCUAGCCCUACCUACCUUUACAUCAAUCAUUCACACAUUAGCACCUCCAAUCUCAUCCCACGAGCGACUCCAAAUACACAUUACGCACGACUUAUCCGGCUACCCCAGUCUCGAACCUAUAAUCCACUCCGUCUUCGCCCGCGUAAUGUCUCAAGUCGAAGGCGGCGAUCUCCUCGUCAUCCAACGCGGUCAAGAAUCCUCUCCUCGUCGCGGGACAGACUUUGGCUUCCAAUCUUCAAUUACAGGAUGGCGUGAUGGGCCAUGGUGGAGAACCAUCACCCCUGGUACCCCGCGCAGCAUCGCAGCUGUCCCCGGCGUCGUACCGGGCACAAAACUCGCUCGCGCAAGCGCAGAGGCUUAUGCUACAGAAUUCUAUUCGUCGCGAGGCGGGAUCGAAGAGGCUGCUAAACAGGCGACUGAGAUCUUGAGUGAAUCCAACCCCGUGCGAAGUAGCGAUAUUUUCCUUUCGAUUCAAGCUAUCAGCCAGACCGCACCGAAGGAUCUGUUUCAAGCCGGUCCUACAGCGGAAAAAGCCACGCCGGAAGGUGCAGGAGGUGUAGUCGAACCGGCCGAAAAUGGCGAAGAGGAGAUUCUAUUCGCUGUCUACCUGCACGACCCCGUCCAUGGAAUCGCAUUCAACACAAUCUCACAAACCAUCCCUCGCAAAUGGAUCGAAUGGCUCGAUGCAUCGACCCCGGCAACAGAGGGUCAAGAAGAGGACACGCGCACGAGAAUCCCGGAAGCAAUCCAGGAUAUUAUCGAAAGUGGUGGUGUGGAUCCUCGGGAAUGGGUCUCGGAGUGGGUGGAGGAAUCAUUGAGUCUGUCAACGGGCGUUGUUGCGCAGCGAUACGUUGCGCGUCGUAUGGGUGUUGGUGAGGGCGGAAUUGCAAAGGGGAAGUUGAAAGCUGGGCAGGCUACGACGAUUGAAGGUGGAGCUGGCGAGGCCGCGAGGACAUUGAUUUAG